GUCCUGUCCAUUUUAAAUUGCCUAUCCUAGUAUCAUCCGAUUGCCUUGCAGCGCGCAGGAUAUCGCACAGAAUGGAUCCCUUCUCUGCGGACGGAGAACUCACGACACUCCAUACGUAUUUCCACCAGUGCCUCUACCCCGCGGUUCUCUCCUAUGACCUCAGCCCGCUAUCGGACUCCAACAAACUCCCUGCCACCAUCCUCCAACUGCGCGCACACCUCGCUCUCAACCAAUACUCAGAAGCCCUCUCCGUCUGCGCUUCGAACAAGGGAAAGGUGGACUUCGACGCCGUAGCGAUAUGCGCACGGUACAUGCAAGCGAAGGACCGCGGCGAUGGUAGCAGCGUUACGAAAGCUAGCGAGGAGGCCAGCGCACUCGCAACGAAGGAAGGGGACAAUGCCACGGUCCAGAUAUUGUGCGGAACUGUCCUAGCAGGCACCGAGAAUGAGGAUGAAGCCUUGGAAUUGCUGAGCAGACAUCAAGGAAGCUUGGAUGCAGUUGCCUUAAUCAUACAGAUUCAUCUACAGCAGAAUCGACUUGAUCUUGCGAAGAAGGAAGCCCAGAGCGCAAGGAAGUGGGCCCAGGACAACCUGCUGGUCAACAUCGCCGAGUCAUGGGUCGCGAUGCGAGAGGGCGGCGAGCAAUACCAAUCCGCCUACUAUGUUUUCGAAGAGCUCGCUCAAGCUCCCGCAACCCAAUCGGUCAAGUCAUUGCUCAGCCAGGCCAUCUCCGAAAUGCAUCUCGGUCGCCUCGAGGAGUCAGAGGCCGCCCUGAAGCAAGCGGCCGAGCUCGAGCCGGAAAAUGAGCUCGUGAAGGCGAACCAGUUGGUGCUUCUCACGCUGGCGGGGAAGCGGGACGAAGCCGCCAAGGCGAAGCCGGAGCUUGAGAAGUCGGGGUUUGCUCAGGAUUUGGCUGAGAAGAAGAAGGAGUUCCAAGCGGCAUGUGAGAGGUAUCAGCCGAAGUUCGCGGCAUGAGGGCACCUUCGAGAUGGGGCUUCGUGAGCUACCUCGAAAAAGGAGGCCGUGCCUUGCUCCCGGCGUACGGAUAGAUAGAAUACAUGCGAGUUCUUGUCAUUAGACAUCAUGUGAUGUAUGCGUCACGAGGUUAAGUAAGUCGGGACGAGAAUGCAUCAAUAGGGCAAUAUCGGUGAGAUGAGAGUAUCUCACGAUAAUAUGACCUCAGAUUGAUAUCGGAUACAAUAUAGUAGCCGGGAAGAAAACGAGAAUUAAAAAAGAAAAGAAAAGAAUAAGACGCAGAGGAGUUGAACCUCCAUCCAUAGACCGUUACCUCCCGGCUUCAGACAACACGUUACUGCCUCCAGGAUAAACGCCUUCGUGCUAUGAUCUGA